AUGCCCGUUUCCUCCACUUAUGCCCCCGUCGACAUUCCAGCCGUUGAUCUGUGGACAUUCCUCUUCGAGCGCAAAGAUAGAGCAUUCCCAGAUGACAAGAUCCUCUACCAAGAUGCCGACACUCAGCGUUACUACACAUACAAAUCUCUCCGCGAGGCCUCACUAGACUUUGGUAAAGGCCUGCGCGCGCUUUGGAAUUGGCAAAAGGGCGAUGUACUCGCCCUGUUCACACCGAACAGCAUCGACACCCCCGUUAUGAUGUGGGGGACUCUGUGGGCGGGAGGUGUAGUCUCACCCGCAAACCCUGGAUAUACGGUCGACGAGCUUGCCUUCCAGCUCAAGAACUCAGGCGCAAAAGGCCUGGCAACACAGGUCUCAGCAUUGUCUGUCGCAAAGCAGGCAGCGAAGAAGGUCGGUAUGCCUGAAGAUCGCAUUAUCUUGAUUGGUGAACAGCGGGAUCCGGAUGCACGGAUCAAGCAUUUCACAUCGGUGCGCAAUAUCUCUGGGGCGACCCGUUAUCGGAAGCAAAAGGUGACACCCGAGAAAGAUGUUGCCUUUUUGGUUUACUCUUCUGGGACGACUGGUGUGCCCAAGGGUGUCAUGUUAUCACACCGGAAUAUCGUGGCCAAUAUCAUGCAGCAGGAUAUUAGCGAUGGGGGUAACCUGAGCUGGGAUGGUGGUUUUGACGGAAAGGGCGAUCGAGUUCUGGCGUUCUUGCCAUUCUAUCAUAUUUAUGGGUUGACUUGCUUGAUUGCCCAAGCCUUGUACCAGGGCUAUCACCUGAUAGUGAUGUCAAAAUUCGACAUUGAAAAAUGGUGCGCACAUGUCCAGAACUAUCGCUGCACAUUCAGUUAUAUUGUCCCCCCUGUGGUAUUGCUACUCGGCAAGCACCCAGUGGUAGACAAGUACGACCUCUCAAGCAUGCGCAUGAUGAACUCUGGUGCUGCACCCCUCACACAAGAAUUGGUGGAAGCGGUCUACUCGCGCAUCAAAGUUGGAAUCAAGCAAGGGUACGGUCUCAGUGAGACCAGCCCGACCACCCACUCGCAGAAAUGGGAGGAUUGGCGCGAAGCCAUCGGUUCGGUUGGUCGCCUGAUGCCCAACAUGCAAGCCAGGUACAUGAGCAUGCCGGAAGACGGCUCAGAACCGAAGGAGGUUGCUGCAGGUGAGGUCGGUGAGCUGUACUUGAGCGGCCCUAACGUCUUCCUUGGCUACCACGAAAACCCGGAGGCAACCAAGGGCUGUCUUUCUGAGGAUGGCUGGUUCCAGACCGGUGAUGUGGGCUUCCAAGAUGUCAAGGGCAACUUCUUCAUCACCGACCGUGUUAAAGAGCUCAUCAAGUACAAGGGCUUCCAGGUUCCUCCUGCCGAACUGGAGGGACUUCUGGUAGACAAUGCUGCUAUCGAUGAUGUGGCGGUCAUUGGCAUUGAGAGUGAGGCGCAUGGCUCUGAAGUUCCUUUGGCCUGUGUCGUUCGCAGCGCGAAAAGCAAAUCUUCGGGCUCAAACGAAAAAGAUGAAGCAGAGAAAAUCAUCAAGUGGCUGGAUAGCAAGGUUGCCCAUCACAAGCGCCUGCGUGGUGGUGUACAGUUCGUGGAUGAGAUCCCCAAGAACCCCAGUGGGAAGAUUCUGCGUCGUCUGCUCAAGCAGAAGUUCAAGGACAUAGGCAAGGCACCAAAGGCCAAGCUGUAA